CUGUUCACAACCCACAACAAAAUCUCUCCUUCGUUCUAUGAGAGAAGAAGUCCUCAGCUACAGUGAGGCAAGACCAGUUAUAAGUCUGCAAACUCCUACCAACGUCAGUGUGGACUUAACUCUUUAUGGAAUUUUAGGAGUGGAUGAAAAAUCACAGGUGUUGGAAACAUAUCUGUGGUUGCGGCUGAGGUGGCAGAUUGAAGGUUUGAGCUGGGAUCCUGCUGAGUGUGGAUCAAAAAGAAUCUCACUUCCAAGAGAGAAGGUCUGGAUUCCAGACAUUGUCAUCAAUGAAUUCAUGGAUGAAAACAGAGCACCAGAAACAUAUUACGUCUAUGUGAUGUCCAAUGGUGAAGUGAUAGAUGGAAUGCCAUUUCAUGUCAUCAGCUCCUGCCGACUUGACAUAUACACCUUUCCGUUUGAUAUUCAAAACUGCACAUACACUUUCAACUCUUACAAACACGACGUUCAGGAUGUUCAGCUUUUCUUCUUUAAACCGAUGGAUGCUAUUUUCAAGCAGUCUCUUAAAGCAAUGGCAACUAAAGGAGAGUGGGAGCUGAUUGACAUGCGGGGAGAAAAACCUGUGCAGACCUAUGCAGAAGGGGGAUGGGAUGAACUAAUUUUUCAUAUUGUCUUGAGACGGCGAUCUGGACUGUAUGUGGUGAACCUCCUGAUUCCCAGCUGCUUCCUCCUUUCUGUGGAUCUGUUCAGCUUCCUUCUGCCUCCUCAGAGUGUGGAUCGUGCUUCUUUUAAGAUGACCCUCAUCCUGGGUUAUACCGUGUUCUUGCUGCUAAUGAAUGACCUGCUGCCCGUCACAGGAAACACCUUACCUCUCAUAAAUGUAUUCUUCUCUUUCUGCAUGGCCUUGAUGGUGGCAAGUCUCCUGGAGACUAUUCUCAUCACUAAUAUCCUGUGUGGUUCCAGUAACUAUCCACCGUUACCUAAGUGGAUCAGGAUUCUGGUGCUGAAGUAUCUUGCACGACUUGUUUGUCUGGGCAAAAAAUCUUGUGAUCAAAUGUCUGCCACUGAAGCAAACAGAUCUGAGAUCACGGUCUAUGAGAACAGCAUGACUGAAAUCCCAAAGAAAGAAUCAAUUAGAACAACACCACUGAGUCUCCAGGAACAGUAUCUAGAGGAAAUGAAGAAGAUGAGUAAAGAUUUAUUGGUUAUCCGCCACCAGGUUGAAAAGCACUUAAGUAAUGAUGAAAGAACAGAUGAAUGGAUCCUCUUUGGUCAGGUCAUUGACCGUGCACUCUUUAUCCUGUAUUUUCUCUUUAUCACUGUGAGCUCAAUGACAAUUAUGGUUUUGUGGGCACACUCAUAUAGUCAAGACAAAAAUUGAUAGUGUGUAUACUCAUUCUCUCACCAAAAAUCUGAUGAUG